CAUGAAGGAUUACACAUGUCAACUUCCGGAAAGCAUGGAAAACAAACUGAAUUCGACGUUUCUUAAAUAAAUAAUGUUUAAAAGAUAUAUUGUUGUAACAGUAAAUAUAGAAGUGACGGAGAUUAUUAUUCAAUAGAUCUGUAAUUAGUACCAACCAUGGGGAAGUCAGGACAUCACAAGAAAGAGAAUACUUUUAGGUUUCAAACCUUUUCUGAAAGGAUAACCAAUAUAAAUAUUGAUGUCAUUCAUCAGAUACGACACCAUGAUGACACUCCUGAGGAAACUUUAUCAUACUUUGGAGAAGCUCUGCACAAACAGUCAGAACUCAACUGUACAGAUCACUUUGCUCAUUUCAAGAAAGAGAUUUCAGAUCAGGUUCAGACAUUUGCUCAGCUUGUCUACCAUGAGGAAAACAUUGUAUCUGCCCUUAAGAAGCAUCUUCUUGUCCCAAACAGCAUGGCCCUGCCAGCUAUUCUAGAUUUGUUAGUGCAAUUAGCUAGAGACUUACAAACAGAUUUUUACAAGCAUUUCCACGAGUUCUUUGAUAUUCUAGUAACUCUAUUGAAUACAUACAGCAAGGAUGUUGAAGUUCUGGAGAGCACGUUCACCUGUCUGUCAUACAUCUUCAAGUUUCUAUGGAGAUACCUGCUGAAAGAUAUACAACUUGUAUACAGAUAUUUUUCAUCUCUGCUUAGUAAACAGUACAAAGAAUAUGUUCGAAACUUUGCUGCUGAAAGUUUUGCAUUUCUCAUGAGAAAGUCAAAAGAUCCUUCAGCUUUGUUUGACUUCUUGUUUUCUACUCUAGAGGAGGAGCCAGAUAAAGCUGAGGGCCUUGGAAGACUGCUGUUUGAAAUGAUGAAAGGAGUAAAGGAACAGUUCCAUAGCUGUACAGAGAAGGUUUUUCCUAUACUGUUGAGGAAGCUGGGGCCAGGGGAGAAACAACAUGUAUUACCAUGGCAACAGGUGGAGGUUUCUAUGACAACAUUGAUUGUUUCUAUGGCAGGUCAUUCCAACAGGGAGCACAUGGCACAGAUCUUAGAUUUGCUAUUGUCAUCUAUAAGUGAGACCUACAGUAGGUUUGACAAUAAGAAGAAAAUCUCAGAGAAACUUAAGGUAACAGACACCCUGGAGAGGCAGUUAAGGUUGUUGAAAACCUUGGUGGAAUAUAACAAUGGGAAAUUGAUAACUAAGCCUGACAACAUAGCAAAGGUUUUGAUAGAGAUUGUAAGGGGACCCAGUCUACCAGAAUCAACUGGGCUGGUUAUACUAGAUAUGUCAGGAUGUCUUCUGAUAACCAGUCACUCUAAACUUGAGAUUGAGAACACAUCUAAACUUUUACCUGCAGUAUUUAAGACCAGUUAUCCAGUGGGUAUGAUAUAUGACUUUACACGGAGGCUGUUCGACCUGGCCCUAUUUGAGAAAGAUGUGCUACCGUCCCUACUCAAGUACUGUGAUAAUUGUAUGACAGGAAGUGACAUCAUACAGGAGCAGACAUUGUUAUUGAUAACUCAAUUAUUGCUGAAUAAAUGUCCCCUGCCUGCUGAUGGCAGCCAGAUAGACCAAAUGGAAACAUAUAUGUUGGACUUUGGAACAGGGUCAUUAAAGAACAACUUUCCAGGGUAUAUUUCAAAGUGUUUAGAAGUAAGUUUUGAAACAGGUAACUUUACAAGUGUGACAAAGAUUUGGGCAGCUCUAGUUUGUGUGCCUCAUGUCAGGCCUUUAAAAGAAAAAGGAAAACAUUUAGAGAUGCUGUCUAAGUUGAUCCAAGAAUUAAUGAACAGUGAAGUUGAUGUUAUUGAAGAUAGAGAAAAUACUGAAUUCCUGGCAAGCCAGGUCCUGGUUUCUAUGGUGACGAUGACAGAUGAUACAGACUUGUUUGAGCAUGUACCUCUAGACACUGUCAUCAAAUGUGUAUGUAACAAAAGCAAAAGUGUUCAUAUACUGAGGCUGGUAGAUAUAUACUUCACACAUGCAGUAAACACCAAGUAUGAGGAUGUUCUAAGUGCUGAUAUCUUACUGAAAAUAUUCCCUAUUCUACAAGAAAACCUCUCCUCUCCUCACUCACUGGUGCGUUUACAUACAUUGAGAAUAUUUUCAAGCUUUGAUCUGCCUUUACCACCAAAUGAUUUUGAAGUGUUGGAUGUAUUCAAAAUUUGUCUGUGUGCAGAGACCACUCCAGCAAAUGUGCACGAAUAUCGUGAGAAACUUCGGCACCUUCAGAAAUUAGACUAUACAACAGUACAGAACAGUAUACCUGCUGGACCAUUCAGUCAGGUUCCCUUGAGAUAUUUGAUAGGAAGCCUGUUUGUGAAGUUUAAACUGUUGUGGGAACCAAUCAGAACACUGAUUUCCAGUCAUGCUCACAAUAUGGAGAGAGAUGUAUUCUGGGAAAUUUAUUCUGUCCAGUUAGAGGUGGCCUCAACUAAAGCAGAAGAAGAGUUGUUUUGCAAUGUACAUUCAAAGAAGACAGAAGUAGGUGAUGAACAAAUUGACAGUGUAGAAUCAAUGUUCAAGCACUCUGUACAAGAGCUGAACGGCAGUGAAGAAAUUUCUCCAAGUUACAGUAACUUUAGAGUACAAUUGUGGAAAACUAUGCAUGAAUUCCCAGAGAAGUGCUCAUCAAAAUCUAGAGUCUUUGUUCCUUUGUUAUUUAGAUUUCUGUCAAAUGAGUACUAUCUGACCGAUUUAAGUGUUGCUCCAAGUCAGAAUGUCCUGAAGAAAACACAAGAUCCUGAUGAUAUGGACACAGAUGAAACUGGGGCAAUAGAUUCAAUUAACAUUUCAAAAGAGUCAUAUAGAAAAGCUAAAGAUGGAAAUGAAAGUGAAUCUGAUGACUCUAGUGAUGAGGAUAUAGAAAAUGUAAAGCCAAAUACCAGAAAUAGAACGAGGAAGAUUAAAAUGGAUGGAACUGAAGAUAACGGUAACAGUGAAAGUAUUCAUAGAGUUAGAACUAGAAGUCAAUGUAGUGUUGAUGGUGAGCUUCAUGAAUCUAAGGAAACAAGUAGAAAAUUAAGAACUAGAGAUAGAAAACAUAGUGAUGUAGAAGAAUCUGAUCUUGAUUCAAGUAAAUCAGUGAAAAAGGGAAACCUGACUAGAAUAAGAACUAGAAGUAUGGGAGAUAGUGAAAGUGAGAUAAAAGUAGAUAAAUUGAAGGAUAAAGUUGAUAAGUCUAAGAAAGCUAGUCCUGUCAGAAGAAUGAGGACCAGAUCUUCUAAACUGGAUUCCAGUGAUGAAGAAAUGUUUAAUGAUGAAGAUGAUGAUAGUGAUGAUGAUGAAGGUGAUGAGGAGGAAAGGAUGAAUGAGGAAGAAGAAAGUGAUGGUGAUGUAGAAAUGAAUGAAGUGGAUGACAAACGUAAAGGAAAGAAAAGAUUAAGUGCAAUACAUGAAAGUGAAGAUGAAAUGGAAAUUGAUGAGGCGGAGAAUGAUAAUUUAGAUGUUGAUAAACACGCUGAUGAAGGAAAGAAUAAGAAAGUUGGAAGGAAAGGUGAUAAAUCAAGUAAGCAAGAUGAAGGUAUAGCUGUUGUUAAGAAGCAGAGGAAAGCUGCAGCAGGAUCUCUGUUAGUUCAACUGGAGUUGUUUGCAAAAUUUAAGGAUCCAAAGUCAAUGUACAUGGAACCUCAACUAAGACAGCUUUAUUUUGAUUUGCUAAUUCACAAAGAUGCAGAUGUACAGCGGACAGCCUUUCAGUGUAUUUUAACCUACAAGUUUAAGUACCUUACACCAUAUAGGGAUAACUUCAACAGACUUCUAGAGGAUAAGUCAUUCAAGAAUGAGAUUGUACUGUUCAGUAUAGACCAUGAGAACAGUGUUAUAGAUAAGGAUCAUAGAGCCGAGGUGCUCCCUAUACUGAUGAGAAUAUUAUAUGGAAAGAUGCAAGUAAAGACGGGGAAGGGAACAGCUGGUAAACAGUUCAGCAAGAUUCGACAGUCUAUUGUAUUACGUUUCCUGAACGGCUGUCAGAACGAAGAAUUGAAAAUAUUCAUCGACUUGGUGUUUGCUCCAUGUCAGCAGUUUAUAACUGAUAACCCCUAUAAGAUGGCACUCGAUCUCAAAGAACAUACAGAUUUAACCAACGUAUUACCUGUGAAAAAAAUGCAAGGGGCCUUGAAUUCAAUAGAUAUGAUCUUUAAGAAGCUAGGUCACUUGAUGGAUUCUUUCUUGCCUAGUAUUAUACAGAUGAUAGUUGGACUGGGUACACUUUGUUCUGUUCUGCUGGAGAACAGAGAUAGACUGGUACCACAUGUGAUAAAUCCACUCAAGGAUAUUAGACAAAAUUCUAUUUAUAGAAUGAUUCAGAUACUGGAAGAUUAUGACAAGUAUCCAUGGAGACCAGUUGAGUUGGAUGCCAUGUUUGAGGCUCUGGUUUGGCCGCAGCUAGAUAAACUAUCCUAUGAGGGCCUCUACCAUCCUACACCACUGCUGAAAUUACUCAUACAAUGCUCCAAACAUCCAAGGUAUUUUUCACUGCUGGGAAAGCAUCACAAGGACAGUGUAGAGUUGUCUCCCUUGCCACAAGUGAUGAAGCUUCUGCUGAAGAAAUCUGUAUCAAGUCAUGUGACCAGCUCUAUCAUGGAGAUGGUUUACAAUCUUCUGGAGGAGAUUGAUGAAGAGGAAGAUAUCAAGGUCAUUGAGGUCAAUCACAUGAUACACCUAUCAUCUGCUGAAAAUGUGAAAGAGAGUGAUAUUGGUAUACGACUGUUAUUGCCACAUAUUCCUGAUAUUCUUCUGUACAUAGAAUCCUUUGUUUCCACUUUAAAUACAAAACUUCAUAAGAAAAGCAAGAUCUCUGGCAAAGAACUGGACAUUCUUUCAAGAGUCAGCAGUUUUGUGAAAGAUGAGGAAAUUAGUGCCACACUUGUUGAUCUACUACUACCUUUCUUGAAUCCCAAAUACUCUAAACCUCAGAAAGUAGAAGAGGAUAUACUGACAAGCAUUAUGAAUUUAUUGAAGCGUAUCUCAGACAGGAUGCAGUUCUUCAAGCCUAUAAGUAAACUGUUUGCCUUGUUGCCACAGCGACCAUCCAGGCUUCUACUUACAGAGGCCUUUAUGGUAAUAUGUGAAGUUGAAGAAGAUCUUAAACCUCUUGGUGUUAUUGUACAACAGUUGAAUUCUUGGGAUCGUACACGCAUGGAUGAACCUGAUUACAUGCUGCGACUGGAAGGUUAUAGGUCAGCCAAUGGUCUGUUGAAGGGUAUGGUUGCCAUGGAUACUAGGAUCUGCCUAACACUGAUAUAUAAUUGCUGUUUCUUUAUAUCUACAGUAGAAGAUAUGUCUCUGAGGGACAGUUCCACCUUGUGUAUGGUAACCAUGGUGAAGCAGUUUGGUGAAGUUCCAUUUGAUGAGGAGGUGUAUAAAAAAGUUAUAAUCUUAACCUUGUUACACCAAGUGAAGACAGGAUUCAGGAGCAAGAAACAGACUGUGUUCCAUGAGUUUGUGACUAUAUUAGCUACAAUGGUUGAUAUAUUUGGUGACCAGGCUACAUUUACUGAUCUCAAGCCUCUACGUGACAAAGAUAUUGAGGCAGACUUUUAUGAGAAUAUAAAACAUAUUCAGGUUUACAAAAGAUCCAGAGCUCUACGACGCCUUAUCAAGUACCUCUACUCCAACAAAGUGAAUCAUGACACCUUGACCAACAUCUUCCUACCAAUGGUGUCCAGUUUCCUUAUAGACGACAUAUAUAAGAAACAUCCCACAGUUCUAGAUGCAGCUAUAGAUGGUAUAGGAACUAUAUGUAAACUGUUGCCAUGGAAAUCUUACCUCAACCAGCUCAGACAUUAUCUUAUCUUGUUGUCAAGGAAACUGGAAAAACAGAAGCUUCUAGUCAGGGUAAUUGUGUCAGUCUUGGACAACUUCCAUUUUGACUUGAGAAAUUCAACACUAAAUUGGAAAAAGACACCAGUGCCAAAAGUAGAGAGGGAACCAGAAGAGCAAAAAGACCUGAAACCAGAAGAUGUAGAUAAGGAUAAAGAAAAAGAAGAAGUAGAUACAGAUAAGAUUGAGGAGGCUGAGGAGCCUGUGGUAGAGAUUAAUGAGGAAGAGGAGAGCACUGUGGUAGAAGAGGAUAAAGGGAAGCAAAUCUGCUCAGAACCACUGGCUACUAAAAUACAUGGAACUAUUUUGAAAAGUGUUAUACAUCAGCUUCAUAGAAUUCUGGUACAGAAGGCACGGAGUGAUGGGGAACAUAAAGUGGUGAAAUCUAAGUAUGCAGAAGAUGAAGAAAUCCUUAGAGUGCCUAUAUCACUAGCCAUGGUGAAGUUAUUACAGAAUCUUCCGAGAGGAGCUCUCGGCAGAUAUCUUCCUGGGGUUUUGCUGAAAGUUUGUAACUUUCUCAAGUCGAGGUCAAUUGAGAUCAGAAACACGUCACGUGACACGCUAGUCAAGAUACAGAUGACGCUUGGUCCACGAUUCUUCCCGUUUAUCCUAUCAGAGCUUCGUGGAACACUGAGACGUGGAUACCAGAGACCUGUUGUGUUACAAGUAUUGAAUGAGGAGAUAUUUGGAGAAGUAUCUGACGAGAAAGAUGUCGAAGGGAUUAAAGCGAAGGUGUUUGAAGCUAGGAGCAGUAAAAGUUACGAGUCUUAUGAGUUUAUUGCACGAUAUAUCAGUCCAGGGUCUUUGAUGAAAUUAUUAGACCCCAUUAAAAAGAUUUUAGAUUCUACCAGUAGCCACAAGUCUGCCAGGAAGGUACAGGAAUUGUUGAAACGUGUUACAGCUGGUCUCCUUGACAACAAGACUGUUACCACGGAGACCCUUCUUAUAUUUGUUCAUAGUUUAACAACACAGAAUUUACCUAUGCUGUCAGAGGAAAAGCCGGCACCAAAGGUUGAAAAGACAGAGAGUCGGCCCGGUAAACAGCCACAAAGUUGUCUCCUCAUACCUAAAGCUGCUCCUCGUGGUGGUCUGAAACCUAAAGCCCACAAGAAAACAAAUAUACAUGUGCUUGUAGAGUUCGGAUUACAACUUCUAAGUAUGUGUUUAAAGAAGCAGAAAAUUGUAAAGUCAGACAGUACUCACAUUCAGAUGUUAGAUCCACUAGUGCCAAUGUUAGCUGACUGUUUAUUUUCCAAAUAUGUUAUGGUGAAUGCAUACAGUUUGAGAGUAUUAUGUAAGAUUUUGAAAUUCCCGAUCCCGUCAUUAAAGAAACGCAUGUCAAGGAUUUCCAGUGGAAUGUUUAUACUUCUCCGGAAUUAUGCUUCUGCUGGUGCUGCUAGGGGAGAUAAUCUGGAGCUGGUCUCCAUGUUGUUUAAGGCUGUCACAGUGUUGGUAAGAGAAGUGAAGUAUUACAAAAUUAAAUCUGACCAGCUUCAAGUGUUGCUGACUUUCUGUGAGGAAGACAUUCAUGAUUUCAGCAGACAGAGUACAGCUUUCUCUUUGCUCAAGGGAAUAUUGUCUCGUAAACUUGAUGUACCAGAGAUCCACGAGCUAAUGAAGAAAGUUGAAGAAAUGUCAAUCUCUGCCGAAACAGCCCAUGUCCAAAGGGAAUGUAGGCAGGCCAUGAUGCAGUAUUUAUUAGAUUAUUCACAUGGUAAGAAGAUUAAGGAUCACCUUCAGUUUUACGUCUCCAAUUUAACCUUUGAACUGGAGAGUGGUCGAGAAUCAGCUCUAGAAAUGUUAGCCUCCUUCUUCACGUCAUUUCCACAGAAUUUGCUAGCAGAAUACUCAGGUUUAUUCUUUGUUCCCAUGGCAGCCUGCUUAGCCAAUGACGAGUCUGUAAAAUGCAGGAAGUUAAUCGCCUUAGCUAUAAAGACGUUAUUGGGAAAACUUGACCAUAAUGCUAGAACUGGCCUGUUUACCAUAGCGAUGAAAUGGUUUAUGGAUGAGAAGUUAAGACACAGGAGUUUAGCUGCCCAACUAUGUGGACUGUUUGUAGAAGUAGAGAGUGCACAGUUUGAGUCUAGAUUGUCCGACACUCUACCUGUGAUAGAACAGCAACUUGAGCCUGGCAAAUAUAAACAGGCGGAAGAAGCAUCACUGGAACAUGACCAAGAUUUAAUGAUAUAUCACACGUUGAAUACCUUACUGAAAAUACUGCGUGAAUGUAGUCAGGUUGUAACGAGUCCUAAAUGGGAGUCUAGCAUGAAUGUUAUAUGGGAGCAUGUAGAGUCAUAUCUUAGUUAUGCUCACAUCUGGGUACAGCUGGCUGCUGCUCAAUUGUUUGGACUAUUGUUUGCUGCUUGGCAACCUGAACAGUUGGUUACUAUGGAAACCAAAACAUCUACUCAGUAUAUAACUACAGACACAUAUAAGAAGUUGAGAACUUUAGCCAAUGAUUUCUUAGCACAGUUACAGUCUGAGCUUCUAAAUGAUGAACUUGCUAACCAGGUAAUUAAGAACAUGAUAUUCUUAAUGAAAUGUGCAAGGCAAAUGGCCAAGGUAGAGCAAGAGAGAGGGGACAUAGAGGAGGACGAGGAGAAGGAGAAAGGUCUAUCUGUGGUCUGGUUGGUUAGGAAGAUGGUGAGAGAAGCAAAUCAUGAGGCAAUAAAUAACAACAAGAUGAUAAUUAAGAGGAUUCAUGUAUUCAAGUGGCUGGCAGCUGUGUCAGUGGAUAUGGGAGAUAAUAUGGAAACAAAUGUAUUAAACUCAAUGUUACCUCCCCUGCAGAGAGAACUGAAUGACCAGUCCAUGUAUCAGGAUGCUAGUUUGAGAAGUUUAGCUCAAGAAGUUGUUGACUUGUUGAAGAAGACUGUCGGGGUAGAGAAGUUCACAGGUUCCUAUGCCAGCACACAGAAAGUGAGAGCUGAGAGAAGAGAUGAGAGGAAACGACAGAGAGCAUUUCAGGCUGUUGCUAAUCCAGAGCUGCAUGCAAAGAGAAAGUUGAAAAAGAAUUUGAACAAGAUUGAGGCCAAAAAGAGGAAAAUAGAACAAUAUAAACCUUCUAAGAAGGCAAAGAAGAGGAAAUACCAAGAAUUUGCUAUCACUGACUAAAGUUUAAAUUUUGACCUUUGAUUCGUCUAAAUGUGAUUUUAGAUAUUUAUGUAAUUAUAUGCCUAAAUGCAGUUAACAAAUUUCAAAGUCUUUUAAAACUUUAGGGUUCAGCAAGUAAAAAUAAAAUGAACUUUAAGCAAAAAUGUAUUCUGUGUUUAAUAAAGAACCUGUCGUAAAUCUUUAAACAAUAGACAUUAUGAUAUUUACAUUAACUUAAACAAAGGACAGUUUUAAAUUCAAAGCAGGGCAAUGUGUUUGCACUGACUUUCCUUAACCCAACAAUGGACAGUUCUGAUCUCAAAACAGGGCAAGUGUUUUCCACUGAAAUUCCUAAAACCAACAAUGGACAGUUUUGAAUUUAAAGCUGGCCAAGUGUUCUGCACUAAAAUUCAUUUAACUAAACAAUGACCAGUUUUGAAUAAAAGCAAAUCUUUAAACAAUAGACAUUAUGAUAUUUAUAUUAACUUAAACAAAAGACAGUUUUAAAUUCAAAGCAGGGCAAUGUGUUUUGCACUGAAAUUCCUUGAACCAACAAUUGACAGUUUUGAAGCUGGCCAAGUGUUUUGCACUAAAAUUCAUUUAACCAAACAAUGGACAAUUUUGAAUGAAAGCAGAGCAAGUGUUUUGCACUGAAAUUCCUUGAACCAACAAUGGGCAGUUAUGAAUACAAAGCAGGGCAGUUGUUAAACACAGAUUUUGGAGGAUUAGGGUAUAUCUGAUUCUGUUGUUCUGUUUUUUUAGAGUUAUUACCCUUGACUUAGUAAAUAUUUGCAAUUUUCAACUUUUGUCACAUGUAGCUCAAAAGUAUUUGACCUAGAGUCAUGAAACUGUACAGAAAUGUUGAUCAGCAUGGGUAGUUGUGAACCUUGGUAUUUUCAUGUAGAUAUGUUUGGUAUUUUUAGAGUUAUUGCCCUUGACUUUGUAAAAAUUUACGAUUUUCAACUUGUGUCGCAUGUAACUCAAAAAGAAUUUGAUCUAGUGUCAUGAAACUUUACAGGAAUGUUGCUUAGCAUGUGAAGUUGUGCACCUGGGGUUUCACUUGUGGAUUUAUUGCCCCUUGACUUAGUGAAAACCGUUCCAUUACCUUGUGUUAUUAGUUUUGAAUACAAAGCAGGGCAGGUGUUAAACACAGAUUUUGGAGGGUAAGGGUAUAUCUUAAGUAUGUUUGAUCAUUAAAUACUUUGUCAAUUUAAUAUAAUCAUGAAUUUUUGAAAUCUUUGUAUAUAUGACUUGCUUGUUAAUGAGGAAUAAAAAUUAUUGAUUGAAA